AUGCCUCAUUCUCAGGAUGAUGACACCAUCCCCGCAUCCCAUCCCAGCGGCUGUCCCUGUCCACCACCUGAAGACCCACCACGUAGGGGUUCACCUCCCAUGCCGCCUGGACAACCAGACCAAAUCGACGCCCGAGAGAAACCGGUCACCAAAGCCCACCACGCGUCGGACUCCACCGUGUUCGGGCCUCGAGCGUAUUUCCGGACCGCGUUCCCCAGCCCCGCGGUCCUCGUCAUCGAAGACAUCAAGAGGCACGACGCCGCCACCUACAGGUGCAGGGUCGACUUCCGGAAGGGCCAGACACGCAGCUUUCGAUACAACCUCACCGUCAUCGUGCCGCCGGAACAGCCGACCAUUCUGGAUCAAUGGGGCAGGAUAGUGAACGGGACAGCGGGACCCUACGUGGAGGACGAAACCCCGUCCCUGACGUGCCGCGUGACCGGUGGCAAGCCGGAGCCUAUGGUCCGGUGGCUCGUCAACGGCCAGGUCAAAGACGAGGAGUACGAGAAGAACGCCGGCGACAUCAUAGAGAACAGGUUAACCCUGCUGCCCAUCGAGCGUUCGGACCUUGGCACGAAUUUCACUUGCCAAGCACAAAACACGGACCUGAUUGGGCCGAAGGAGUCCUCGAUUACCCUGGAUCUUAACCUGAAGCCUUUAACGGUGAUCAUAAGGAGGCCGGGGAAGAAGGGAGUGGGCGAGGAGUCUCUGCUGGCUGGGAAACGCUACGAGGUGGAAUGCGAGACCACGGGAUCGAGGCCACCGGCGGUGAUCACCUGGUACAAAGGACGGAGCAGACAGCUCAAACACACCACGGAGGAGAGAUCGGAGAAUCGAACGAUGAGCAUGGUGGAGUUCGAGCCCGGCGUGGAGGACCACGGCAAAUCGAUCACCUGCAGGGCCGAAAAUCCAAACAUGACGGGACAGUUCGUGGAGAAAUCCUGGAAGAUCGACGUCGUCUAUCCACCGAUCGUGUCGCUGAAUCUUGGAUCUACUCUGAGUCCAGAGGACAUCAAGGAAGGCGACGACGUCUACUUCGAGUGCCACAUCAGAGCCAACCCACCCUGGUCGAAAUUGACGUGGAUCCACGAUAACCAAAUACUGGCGCACAACACGUCGGCGAGGAUAAUAUGGUCGAAUCAGAGCCUGGUGCUGCAAAGCGUGACGAGGAGCAGCGCCGGGGAGUAUGUCUGCGCAGCGACGAAUGACCUGAACGAAACGCGGAGCGAGCCACUUCAUUUUCGCGUGAAAUUCGCGCCCGUGUGCAAGGAGGACCGGAUCAUAGUGGUGGGUGCGUCGAGGGGCGAGUCGCUCGACAUCGCCUGCAGGGUGGAGGCCGAUCCGCCGGCGCACAAUUUCCGAUGGAAAUUCAACAACAGCGGGGAGACGCUGGAAGUAGCGCCUGGCAGAUUCUCGAUGGAGAAGUCGAGCGGCGUGAGCGUGCUGAGGUACACGCCGACCACCGAGCUGGAUUACGGUACUCUGUCGUGCUGGGCGGACAAUUUCGUCGGUACACAGGCGAGACCGUGUCUCUUCCAGCUGGUAGCCGCCGGGAAACCAUUUCCGGUACGUAACUGUACGCUCGCGAACCAGACUUACACCAGCGUCGAGGUGAAAUGCGUGGCUGGCUACGACGGCGGACUUCCGCAAAAAUUCAUCCUGGAGGUGUACCACGGCGACGUGGACUUCCUGUCGAGCAGCCAGCCCCUCUACAACGUUUCGAACACCGACGAGCCGAGUUUCUCUCUGGCGGGGCUGGAGGCGUCGGUGGAGGCCGGCGUCCACGUCGCGGUUUACGCCAUGAACGCCAAGGGUCGGAGUCAGCCAGUCAUCCUCAGCGAGGUCACUUACCGCGACGCGGAGAAACGAACCGGACAAGACGCCGGUAUUGUACUAUCGCCGUUGCUCGGUGUAUUGGUUGGAGCGUCGGUGACGCUGGUGCUGAUCGUACUGGUGGUGGUGGUGCGAGUCCGGAGGGAAAGAGUAUCGAAGCCCCGACACGAAAAACCGGCGGAGCUCAGUGAAUUACCGGCCCAACAGUAUCCCCUGCAGAACCCUCAGCAGACCGUGGAAACCGACCCCGACGUUAUUCCGAAUAAAUUCGAGGGUAGUCUGGUGGAGGUGAGCCCGCCGAGUUAUCCGGGCGGAUAUCCCCCAGGACACUGGGUCACGCCCGGACCCACGCCGAGCAUAGACGAGCUGUGCCACAAGUUCACCGGAAGGCCGACGGAGCUGAGGUUACCAUCGAGAAGCACGAUACAGAGUUUGCAGAGCAUGCCCGUGACGGGAGGGAUGGCGGGCGUCGGCCAGGGCGGCGUGGUCCUCGGCGGACAGGGGGUGAUCGUCGCGGGGGAGUGUUUGGACGGCGAGGCGAUCAAGCGACGACUAAUGGCGAACAGGCUCCCGGAGAGCUGCGUUUAA